GACACAUUCUUCUAUUAGUGCUGCGACAUCAAGAGAAAGAUGUCAGAACUCACCAUCGCACCUGUCUUGUACAACGCAGUUCAAGCCAUUGCAUGCCAUCGGUUCCAACACGAAGCAAGCACUCCUCUCCCAUCCGUCAUUCUUCUGCGCCCGUCCACCCGUCCGCCUUCUUCAUUGCCCUUCCCCAUUCCCCAGUCGGGGACCACCCUAACGCGUGACAGCUCAUACAUAGCCAGUGUGCAGCCUUUGUGUAAUAUUGAGGGCAUGAGUUUUAUUCAACUCGAUUAUCCAACCCCUCCCAUACGCAAACCCCGACUUGCCAAACAAACAGAACCCGCGAUAAAUAAAAGGGCACAUGGCUCUUGCUCGCACAACCCACGCCAAAUCAGAGCUGUUGCCGGUCUGCCUCGUCCCUACCCGGAUUCUUGAGAUCGGGCUGGUACGCAGAUGGUGGCGUUUUUCACACUUUUCCUCCUCGUCCCCGGGGUUUCCGAAGGCUGACACUAGCCUGAAGCUCACUCGGUCACAGGCUGACUUGUUGAAAUGUUGACUGCAUGUCGCCCAGUGUGUUG